AGCCUUUCUGACUCGAGCGCUCAGGCUGCCGCAUCGCCCGGCGCGGGGCUGGUUUCCGGGGCCCCCAGGGCGCCCCGCCCGGCCAGAGGGGGGCACCUCGCAGAGCAGAAGCCAUGGGCCGUCGCCCCGCGCGCUGCUACCGGUACUGCAAGGGCAAGCCCUGGCCCAAGUCGCGCUUCGUGCGCGGCGUGCCCGAUCCCAAGAUGAGGAUCUUCGACACCGGCAAGAAGAAGAUCCCCUGCGAGGAGUUCCCCGUCGCCGCGCACAUGGUGUGUGACGAGAUGCAGCAGCUCACGUCCGAGUCCCUCGAGGCGGCCCGCAUUGCCACGAACAAGUACAUGUCCACCAACGCCGGCAAGGACUUCUACCACAUCAAGGUGCGCCCGCACCCGUUCCACGUCCUCCGCAUCAACAAGACUCUCUCGUGCGCGGGCGCCGACCGGCUGUCCACGGGCAUGCGCGGCGCGUUCGGGAAGCCCUACGGCACGGCCGCGCGCGUCCGGAUCGGCCAGGUGCUCCUGUCCGUGCGCACGAAGGAGGAGAAGCUGCCGACCGCGGUCGAGGCGCUGAGGCUCUCCAAGUUCAAGUUCGCCGGCCGGCAGAAGAUCCACGUCUCGAGCUGCUACGGUUUCACGAAGUUUACCAAGGAGGACUACGCGAAGUGGAAGGCGAUGGGCAGGCUGCGCCCAAACGGCGUGGACGUGCAGUGGCUGUCGAGCCGGGGCCCGCUCUGGCGCUUGAUCGGCCGCGGCUGAGCCUCCAGCUGGGCCUGCGGCGCCUCGGCGCGGCGGCAAGGCGAUGGGCAGGCUGCGCCCCCACGGGCCCGGACGAUUGUCUGCAUCGCCUAACCCUGGGAGACGCAUUUCUAAACGCACGGGGUGAAGAUGCGCCGAUGAUAGAAGCCCAGCUUCCAAGGCGCUACACGCGGGAGGAGACGCGGCGAAGUUCUCGUGCCUGAACUUCCACGUUCGCUGCUGAGCACGAGUAAUUCAUCUGCGGGUAAAGUCGGCCCGCUUCGAUUUUGAAAAUUGAGAGUUCCAGCGGAAUUAUCAGCGCCCGUUCCCCUGCGUGCCCGGAGCGUUUGUGGGAUCGUGCGCGCAGGGGGUCCAGCGCGCCCUCGGGGGUGCCGAGAAACCGCGGGGCAUUCCGGGCUGGGCCGGUGGCUUGGACUUGCGCGGCCCGCCGCGGCGGAA